CUCCAUCGUAAACCAUUAAGGAAGCACCGACGUCUCAGCCUUCAUUAGCUCUACAUUCCUGGAAUUCCACAGUUCUGAUGUCAUAAGGGACGGAUCACACUUUUCUCUUUAAACCUAUACGCUCCCUGUCUUGGGCGAUUUAUUAUCAAAAUGUACACAUUGUAAUUACCGGAAACACAGUGAACGAGGUCAAAAACUAGUUUCGGAUUCCUAGGCAAGUUUUUCAAAGCAUGCGCGCGCGUACCUUUUUUGGUACGAAAAAAGUUGGAAAGUUCUUGUCCCCCCACACAAAAGUAGUCAUUGUGUGCUGUAAUACAAACUUUGCAAUUUGAGCUUCUUUCUAGCGGAGUAAAACGAUUCGAUCUUUGAAAAAAAGAAGACUCCAUGUAGAAGAUUUAUGCACAGUAUAACUAAGGGAACUUUCUUUGGAUUGUGAAAACCAUUACAAUUUAAGGACUUAAACAUUGGGAUCUAUGAGCUCUACGUAACCGAAGGAAAAGUACAUACAAACGACAUGUAACCAGUACUGGAAGCCUGUAUUUAUUCAUGUCUUUGGGCAUGGGACAGUCAUUUUCACCUGUAGAUUUCUUUGGCUGGGGGACUUGCCUUCAAGACCAGGAGAAGACUUUCUAAAGCAAAGAGGCACGUGUGGCGAGGGUGGAUCUGUUUCCAAGGCCCUUCAGCCAUGCCCUUCCGGAUCAAACUCCGCCGCACCAGGCGCUAUAAUGUCUUGAGCAAGAACUGCUUUGUGACCCGCAUACGCCUACUGGACAGCAAUGUCAUCGAGUGCACACUGUCAGUGGAGAGCACCGGCCAGGAGUGUUUGGAGGCUGUCGCUCAGAGACUUGAGCUGCGGGAGACACACUAUUUUGGCUUGUGGUUCCACAGUAAAACACAGCUCCAGCGAUGGGUGGAGUUGGAGAAAGCCUUGAAAAAGCAGCUGGACAAAUUUGGCAACGAGCCUCUUCUGUUCUUUGGUGUAAUGUUCUACGUGCCAAAUGUUUCUAGACUUGAACAGGAGGUCACAAGGUAUCAGUAUUACCUUCAAGUUAAAAAGGAGAUACUUGAUGGACGACUGCCAUUUUCAGUAGAACAAGGGAUCAGGCUAGCUGGCUUAGCUGUACAAGCUGAUUUUGGAGACUAUAAUCAGUUUGAGUCCCAGGAUUUCCUCAGGGAAUAUGUACUGUUUCCAGUGAAAUGGACCCAAGAUGAAGACGUAUUAGAAGACCUGACUCAGAAAGUAGCUCGGGAGCACAAGAGCCACUGUGGAAUGCCACCAGCAGAAGCUGAGCUACUCUACAUUAAAGAAGUGGAACAGCUGGAAGGCUUUGGACAAGAAAGUUUUUCUGCAAAGGAUAACCUUGCAAAUGAUAUUGACCUUGCCGUUUCCUUCAUGGGAGUGUUUGUCAAGCACAGGAAUGGCAGAUCAACCAGCACAUAUCGAUGGAAUGACCUUGGUAAUAUCACACACAACAAGUCAGCAAUUUCCAUCGAGUUAACAAACAAAGAAGAGACUACCCCAUUCCACACAGAUGACAUGGAAAUGGCCAAAUACAUUUCAAGACUGUUCACCGCACGACACAAAUUUUAUAAACAGAAUAAAAUAUGCACAGAACAGUCAAAUUCCCCUGCACCAAUCAGGAGACAGCAACCUUGGAACAGGUCCUCAUUGCCAAGACCAUUUAUCCUGCCACCUAUGCACACCCAAUAUGGAGAGCAUUACCAAGAAACUCGCACCUCGCAAGACAGCAUUUUCCUUGAUGAAAGGUCCUACUACAGGUCCCAGACUAGCUUGGAAGGGUGUCCAGUCGACUACUACACAGUCCCAAAUGGCAGUGUGUAUAGCGCACCCAGUAUGAACUCUCUCAACCAUUCCCAGAGCUUCAUCCAGGCUUCUCCAAUGUCCUCCAACCUCAGCAUUCCAGGCUGUGACAUCAUGAGACCAGACUACAUUCCCAGCCAUAGACACAGUGCCAUCAUUGUGCCCUCUUACCGACCUACCCCAGAUUAUGAGACCGUUGUACGCCAUCAAAGGGGUAUCCACAUAGACUGCCAGAGCCAGUCCUUGAGGAACCUCAACAUCAGGAAUUCCUAUGCCUACGGCCAGCCUGAGGGCAUGGUGUACAGUCAGCCCGAAAUACGAGAGAGGGCCCAGUAUCCAUAUCCCUGUGGGCCUCCAGUCGACUACAACAAGCCUGUGGUCCCCUCUGCUCAGAUGAACCCCAACAGCUCAGCACAAAGCCAUGCAGCAGCAAGUGCCAUUUCCCACACAGUCAGUACUCCAGAGCUAGCCAACACGCAGCAACAGGGCACUCAAGGCUACAAUACGGCCCACAUGCUGAGGAACCAUUUCUCCAGGCCACCACCCCCAUAUCCACGUUUCCGGCCUGCCACUAGCACGCCAGACCUAGCUAGCCACCGACACAAGCCCGUCAGUGGCAGCAGCCCUGAGCCAGUAACGCGCAAGGUCCAGUUGUCGGUAAAGACCUUCCAACAAGGCAGCUCCCCAGUGGUCCACCAGCCCCAACAGGAAGUCAGUGAACCGCUCACAGCUGUCAAGCACCGCCCAUUGGUCAACAAGCGCCACAGCCUGGAAGUGAUGAGCUGCAUGGUCCGUGGUAUGGAAGCCGUGACUUUGAAGACAUUGAACGCACCUCUGCCUCGCAGGAACACGCUGAGAGAGCAGGUCCAACCUGAAGAACCGGUUCAAAAGGUUCAAGAGGUUAAGCAGCCUCCACAGUACCAGCACAAGAAAACCUUGUCCAAUGCUACAAUGCUGAUUCAUAGCAGCGACAGUGAAGAGGAAGAGGAGACCCCAGACUAUGACGUGCAGAUACCAGGGCUAAAUGAAGACAUCAGUGCUCAGCUGCAGGCGGCUUUGGCCAAAAUCCCCAAUAAGCCCCCACCGGAGUACCCAGGGCCAAGAAAAACGGUCAGUAAUGGAACUCUCAGGCAAGACCAGCUGAAUCAGGUCUCGGAGGAAGCCACGAGGGCCAGGAUGAUGAGGGUUGGGCAGAGUCAGGUCAGCAGCCUCUCUCGCACCGAGCAGGUGACACUAAACGGUCCUUCACUCGGACCAUCUAUUUCGGAGCCUGACCUGACCAGUGUGAAAGAACGUGUCAAGAAGGAACCAGUUAAGGAGAGACCUGUGUCUGAACUUUUCUCUAUAGAAGAUAGCAUUGUGGAGAGGGAAAUAAUGCAGAGGAAUUUAGAAAAGCAGAAGGUGGACUCCCUUAAGAGGCCAUUGAUGAUGGCUGCGCUAAAUGGUCUCUGUGUGGCAAGGUUGCCGGUUCCUGAGGACAACCAGGAGGACACUUCCAAAGUGACAACAGAUGAAAGGUGUAAAAUCCUGGAAAGGAAGCUUGAGGAGGAAAUGGUGUUCACAGAAUACGAGCAGAUCCCAAAGAAGAAAGCUGAUGGCGUUUUCACCACGGCAGUGAUGCCAGACAAUGCAGAGCGAAACCGCUUCCGGGACAUCGUUCCCUAUGAGGAAAACCGUGUUGAGCUUGUGCCAACCAAAGAAAACAACACCGGCUACAUCAAUGCCUCCCAUAUCAAGGUGAACAUCCACAGUGAGGAGUGGCACUACAUUGCCACACAGGGGCCCCUGCCAAACACAUGCCAGGAUUUCUGGCAGAUGGUCUGGGAGCAGGGAGUGAAUGUCAUAGCCAUGGUUACAGCUGAAGAGGAGGGUGGAAGGCCGAAGAGCCAUAGGUACUGGCCUAAACUAGGCUCCAAGCACAACUCGGCAACCCACGGCAAGUUCAAGGUGACAACCAAGUUCCGCAGAGAUUCUGGUUGCUAUGCAACUACAGGUUUAAAGGUCAAGCAUCUUUUGUCUGGGCAGGAGAGGACUGUGUGGCACUUGCAGUACACUGAUUGGCCAGAUCAUGGUUGUCCCGAAGAAGUCGCAGGAUUUUUAUCCUAUCUGGAGGAGAUCCAGUCUGUGCGUCGUCACACCAACAGCAUGCUCGACCCCUCGAACAGCAACAAUCCACCCAUUGUAGUGCACUGCAGUGCUGGGGUGGGCAGGACUGGAGUGGUCAUCCUCACAGAACUGAUGAUCGGCUGUUUGGAACACAAUGAGAAAGUGGAUGUCCCCAUGAUGCUGCGGUACCUCAGGCAGAAACGCAUUUUACUGGUCAAGACUAUCGCCCAGUAUAAAUUUGUCUACCAGGUUCUCAUUCAGUUCCUCAAAAACUCCAGGCUAAUAUAGACUUGGGACCAUUUGACUGCUAUUGUACUUCGGUCCUAAUUACUUCAAACCUUGUGCGUUCACCUGUCAUAUUAAUAGCACAUUGUUACAUAUAAUCUGUCUGAACAUCAAUAUAUUAUUUGAUGAUCUGACAUUAAGAAAAUAUGCUACUUUCUUUGUAGCAGGCUUACUAAUGUCAUUCAUAAUAUGUAUACCAUAACAGUUCUUAGUAUAGUAAACUAAUGUUUUGUACUCUCAGCCUUUUCUGGUGUAAUAUAUUAAUGUGAAACGUUUUUAAACUGGAUUAAAAAUACAUCACACAGUACUUGUCAAUCAAGCCAUUCUGUCAAUCAAGCCAUUCUGUCAAAGAAAAUUAUACUGUUAUUUUCAGGCAAUCAUGUCAAAAGUAAUAGGUUGCAGUCCUCAUUUCCAUUUUUUUUAAGACACCUUAGGGCCAAACUCAGUUAACUUUUAGCUUUUUUAGCAAAAUAUAAAUAUAUGCAAUGUCAAUGAGGAUGCAUGCAAUACAACAAAACAAUAAAUUAACACAUUAUUUAGAAAAACAUGUAAAAGCCUUUUGGUCUUAGCAUUUAAUUUUACAAAAUAAUACAAAAAUGUGCACUUUAUGUUUGCAGAGCAUCCGCUGUUAUGCAUGUCAGUACUGUCCUUGUGCUGAAAAAAAAAAAAAGAAAAAAAUCAUGAAACAAUGACACAGGUCUUGAAUUUCCAAAGUCGCCUUUAACCUGUCUAUUUGAAUGUAUGAUAAUCACUAAAGAUAUUUGACUAGUUUCUACCUAGCAUCUGAUAUUCACCAUUCAGGUAAUGUUGCCAUCUGUGUUAAUUAUAAUGACAUUGCCAUUAAAUAAUAACAGAGACUGUUCAGUGCCAUUAAAACAAAACAUUUGAACAAAAAUGGAAAAACAAACAUUAAUGAUGCAGGAACAUACAUUAUUUACUGAUUCACAAUUGAUUUUUUUAAGUGAAACUAGAGAAGAGAGCAUCACAAAAAACUACAGGAUGCAUUAAAUUGGGUGAAAGUAACUGUAAUGGGGAGGCAAUGUCAAGCACCUUAUAUCUGCAGUUCAGAUGUACUCUCAACUACAUUAGAAGUGAAAUGUAAAAUCUUUACUCUAGCAAUUUUAUUUGUAAUUUCAGUCUUUCCAAAUUUUACACUAUGCAUUCCUACAUUUCGACUAACUGAACUGCUUUUGUGUGUUCUUACUCGAUUGAAGUUCAAUUGAUGUUUUUUAUACAGACAACUGUAUUUUAUUAUUUUUAGUAGUAAAUGUAAAUAACCGAUCAAAACUGCCCUAUCAAUACAGUACAAUGUUGGAACCAAGAAUACAUUGUCUACAUUGAUUAUUUCUAUUUUUAAAGGGAAUUAUUAUCCAUACAUCAUGUCUUAUUAGCUUCAGUUUUAUGCCUUUUUUAUGUUUUCAUUUUAUUUAUUUGAGCUAUGUGUGGCUCUAGAGAUAGGGCAGUGAGCCUGAGUUUAUUUUAAUUAAUCAAUUAACUAGUCUAUGAAUACAAAGUUCCCUUAUUUUAGAUGGGCUCUGGACCAAAUUUAAGUCACACAAGCACAUAACCAACCUUCAGGCAUUGUUCUGUCUCCUGAAUUAUUAUGACAUGAAAAAAGGAGGGGAGGCAAAACCUCAUGUAAUAGAUAGCCUUCACUACAUAUACAUUAAGCUUGUUGUGUGGACACAAUGGUAUCUAAUGAUUGUUUUUAUUUUAUUUUUAUAUUAUUAUUAUUAUUAUUAUUAUUAUUAUUAUUAUUAUUAUUAUUGACGUUGUUUUUAAAAGAAAGGCAGAAAAUAAUAGCCUACCCUCUGAACACUAGCCUAAAAGUGACUAAUAUUUUUUUUUUUCAAUGUAUCUUUAAUGUAUGUGAUAUCAAGAGGGUUAUGUGCGAUAUGGUCAGAAUGAGUUGUUAUGAAUGUUGUUAUGAACGUGUUUUAAUAUUAUAAAAUCUUUAAACUAUGCAUGCUGUUUUUAUACUCUAAUGUAUAGUUACUCGAAUCGAUAUAUAAGCUCAUGCUUGCCUGCUAUAUGUUAUAAGUAAGAUUUUUUACAGUAUUUUUUGCACUGUAUCCAGAUGCAUUUGUCUUCUUUUUUAUUUCUGUUUAAAUCUUAUGACUCAUGCCUUCUCACUGGUAUAACAUACUGUAAUUUUCACAAUGGUAUUCUAAUUUUGUAAAUCAUUAUUUGUAUGUUUUUGCUUUUGUUUUCAUUGUUGUAACACAUCUUUUUGUAAAAUACCUCUAUCAUUCUUACUCACAAUAUGAAAUAAAGCAUUAUUUGACUUUU